AUGAGUGAUAACGAGGAGAAUCUUCCAGCGUCAAACCAAAUUAAAAUUCCAGAUCCAGCAGACUUGGAUACCAAGGCCGCAAUCGAAAAGACCGUGGAAUACGUCAAACGAAAUGGAAAAGAGUUUGAAAAGAAACUAGACAAAACGCAAUUCCCCUUUUUGCAGGAAAGUAAUAUAUACCAUGGAUUUUAUCUUAGUCUUUUAGGACGCCUCCAGGCAGAAGAUGCAGUAGAAUCUGUUGCUGAGUUACCAGCAACCACUAAAAUGCCGUCUCCAAGGGUGCCUCACCCAUUCGUCUUCAGUACCACGGACAAAAACGUACCAAGACGAGACCUGGAAAUCGUGAAAAAAACCGCACUCAUAUGUAUGAUAAAUGAGAAGCAUGAUUUUUUGAACACACUCCGAUCUCAAGCGGCAGAACACCCGCUUCUAGGAUUUCUAGACUCUCGACAUCCUCUAAAUGAAACGUUUACCAGUUUUAUCAACCAAUACAAGCAGAUUGCCUCCAAAGAAUUUGAGUUAGGGACGCAAUUUGCCAAACAUGGACAAAUGGGAUUACUUCAACGGUGUUUUGAGAGAGCAAAAUGGAUGGAAUACUCGGAGAAAAUGGAGGUACAACAGGCUGCAACGCAAGAACGACUCAAACUUCGGUUUUUUUCAUACGCUUGGGAUAAUUUUGAAACGCUCGGGAAAGUGGAAUUCGACCAGGAUGAGGACUACGCGGAACCGCUCAACUUUGACCAUUUACGACAAAAGACCCUCCAACACUCGUCUACAAGCUCACCGUUCGCAGGACGUCUAACACUUUCAUCUAUCUCAAGUGCUGAGAUGGGUGUUGAGCAACAGGAAAUGAAACCUAGGAAGAAAAGCAAAAUGAAGAUCCGUGCCGCCGGUGAGACGAGAAUUAAGCAAAAAGGUAGCAACGCAGGCUCACAGGCGAUGAUAGAGUGUCCUAUAACGCACAAGAUGAUUCCUGAAGCCGACUUCGAAAAACAUAUUCAGGUACUGUUGAGCGAUCCCAACUACACGAAAGAAAGACAAGAGUACGAAGCCAAGAAUAGCAUUACCAAUCUCACACUGGAAAGCGUCCACCAAAAUGCCAAGCGACUGUCGCAAAACAGGAGCUCUGUGCCUGCUAAAAGACAGAAAACAUGA